GAAAAUAAAAAAAAUUGGGAAGGAAAAUGUGCGGCCAUUUUUGUGGUCAUCGCGCUGGCCGUCGUUGCGGGCGUGGUCGUUUAUUUCUACAACAAUCAGUCCAAAGUUGAAUCCAUGAUAGAGCUCCGAUUCGCCAACUACUUUUCAAACCACAUGGUCCUACAAGGCUCUCCCCACAAGCCGGUUAUUUGGGGUUACGGUCCAAAACCGACAGACUACAAAAAUAUAUCAGUAAUUGUUCGGCUGUACAUGUUCGAUUCUUCAAAGCAAUCCAUCGCGACAAAGCAACACACGAACGUACUAACCACUGAAGCCAGCGUUAAAGAUGAUUCGCUAUCGAAAUACUUGGCCGAGGUUGAGCCCGAAUAUCGAUAUACGAGUCAAGUCCAAAGAGCCGCGGCUGGAAACACGUGGCGAGUAACAUUAGAGCCUCCAACACACAAAGGACCAUAUCUCAUAACGGCUUCUCUGAUUGGCCAGUCAGAAGAUCAGGUGAUCAAACUUCGUGACGUCAUGUUCGGGGAUGUGUGGGUGUGCACUGGACAUGAUAGAGGCCUUGAUAGACUCAACAAAAUAGCGAAUUUCACUGAUAGCGACAACACUAACAUCAAUGAAGGUGACGACGGUGAUGAAGAUGAUUUGAGAAUUUUUUCAGUUUUUCCCGCCAAAUCAGACGUUCCCUGGCCCGACAUACAUCUGUACGACAUCCCCUGGACCAUUGCCAGUAAAUCUAAAGCGCCUAGAAUCCGCGAUAGAUCCGGAUCCUACUCACCGAUAUUUCCGGGACCGUGUUGGCACUUCGGUCACAAACUUCGGCGACACUUAAAACGUCCUCUUGGCCUCAUAUCUGCCAUCUACAAUGAGAACCUUCCAGAAGAAUGGCUGCCCUCUCAAGCGCUUAACGUCUCUGAAAAGACAUAUCUGGAAAGUUCUUCGAGAAACUGGAACGGGAUGAUCCAUCCACUGUUGGAUGUUCAAAUUAGAGGAGUCAUUUUUCAACAGGGUGAUGCGUUUGAGGAUGACGACAGAGAUCAGAAAGAGAAAGAGAAGAAAGAAAAAUCGAAGAAGAGUUCCUCAGACUACAGAUACUUCUUCAAAAAAUUCACUCACCAUUGGAGGAUGGGAGUAAGGUCAAGGACGCAACCUCAUUCCUCUGCUUCCGGCGGUGGUGAUAGUAAUGAUGAGAGUAAUCUUAAUAAUGAUGACACCCCUCUUAUUUUGUUCGGUAUAAUACAGGCUCUGCCAAACAACAAUUCUCAAUCGAAAUCACUGGCCACAGCUAGCAACAGGUGGCGAGCGACGGCCAACCGAGGCUACCUGCCAAAUUCUGAUUUGGAUUCGACGUUUCUGGCGGUAUCUAUCGAUCUUCCGGAUAUGGAGGACAUCAGGCAGAAACAAAAACUUGGAGAGCGUCUACUCCGCGGGGCAGUCCACGUAGCCUACCACGAAAAAGUGGAGCACAAAGGACCCACCCCAUUCGAAUAUGUCAACGUAAAAAAAAAAGAUCUGACCUUGAACUUCAACACCAACAUCAUCGUUAAGAGUGACUUUGGAUUUGAGAUCUGCUGCUCAAAAACACCGCGUAACCAAACCUGCAAAGGACCAGAAGACAAAGCAGCAGGCUUCUACUGGGACCACGUCAUCGUGACGUCAUCGACGAACAAAUCCGUAACUCUAAACACGGAAAACUGUCCGUGGCAUACCGUCGGAUUUCGAUACGCCUGGGCCGACGAACCGUGCGAGUUCGAAUCCUGUCCGGUAUAUUCGGUCCGAACCAAUUUACCAAUGCCAUCUCUCAUUCACCUGCACAUGCUGGACGAUGGAAAGCCAAAAAAGUUACAUCUCGAUUUAGUGGAUGUUUAAAUGUGCUUCUUUUUAAUGUUAAAUGUUAUUAUCAUUUUUAUCGUUCAUAAUCUUGCAAUUCUCAAUGCUACUAUACCAACACGUUAACGCCAAUACUGCAUUCAUUACUGAUGUUAUUAUCAUUAUUAUUGAUGUUACUUUUAUUAUAUAUUAAUAUUAAUUUAUUAUUAUUAAUAUCUGCGUAUAUAUAUAUAUAUAUAUAGAAUAUUGUAUAUAUAUAUAUUAUAUAUAUAUAUAUAUAUAUAUAAAUUAUUCUGCGUGCAUUACAUUUCAAAAGUUUCAACACAUUCCAUCUAAUUAAUAUUUUAUUAAAAUAUAUAUAACAUUGUUUUAUUUUUAUUGGUUUUUUCAUAUAAAUUCUCAUCAUCAUCAUCAUCAUCAUCAUAAUCAUCAGUCAUUAGCGUACCAUCAUCAUCGUUGUUAGUAUAAUUAUCAUCAGUAUCAUCAUCGUCGUCUUCUUCUUCAUCAUCAUUAUCACAACCCCACUUGUCAAUCAAAACGACAUUAAAAUAUGUAUUGGCCACUCUAAUUAGUCCGUUAUUGCAUAAACUUAACAUACAUACAUACAAAACAAACACACACACACAACACACCCAGACACACACACAAUAUAUAUAUAUAUAUAUAUAUAUAUAUAUAUAUAUAUAUAUAUAUAACUUUUUCGAUCAUUUUAUAUAAAAACUCAUUUUUCCAUUUGAACUUUGAACUCAUUUUUUUUGAUCUUAAGUGUCAUGGAAAAAAUAUGUAAGAGUAAUAAAUUUUUAAGAAAUAACGUUAUGAAUAUUAUAGAGUUAUAAUUAAAUUUUACUGGGCGAAAUAUUCCGAAAAAAUGUUUUUUUACUAAAGGGAAAAUUGAAUACUAGCCAUGCAUUAUAACCAAGAAUGAACGAAAGAAAGAAUACAUAGAUACCUCUAUCCACACAUACAUACAUACAUACAUUCAUACAUACAUACAUACAUACAUACAUACAUACAUACAUACAUUCAUACAUACAUUCAUACAUACAUACAUACAUACAUACAUACAUACAUACAUACAUACAUACAUACAUACAUACAUACAUACAUACAUACAUACAUACAUACAUUCAUACAUACAUACAUGAUAAAGAUGAUUAAUUACAAUAAAUAUCCAUCGUGAUCGAAGCUUUAUAAGUUGAAAAAUUAAGUCAGUCACAUGUGUGUUCUAUUGCCAC